AUGAGACGUAAUGAGCGCUUUGUCGCAUCGACUCGAGUGAAAGUCAUCCAUAGCGCUCAUUCAUCUCCUUUGUUCUCAACCUUUUCAGUUAGCAUCGUCUCACAAACUCAAUACACAUGCGCUAGCAUGGCCGAUAACAACGUCACUCACGGUAAUACAUUCAUCCGUUCAGCGUCAGCCCAAGGGCUUGCUGGCCUUUUUACCUGGGCUGCCUUAUUAAUCACAAGCCACCAGAUUUAUCAACAUCUCCGGUGGUAUUCAUGUCCGACAGAACAGAGGUGGAUUGUGCGCAUCCUUUUCAUCGUACCAAUAUACGCAUUCGAUUCGUGGUUGAGUCUCAUAUUCUUCUCGGACAAUGUGUACAUUUAUUUCAAUUCUAUUAGGGACUGUUACGAAGCAUUCGUAAUCUAUUCAUUUCUAUCGUUAUGCUACGAAUAUCUCGGGGGAGAAAGUAAUAUUAUGGCAGAAAUACGAGGAAAGCCUAUCAAGCCAACGAACUAUUACACUUGUACUUGCUGUCUUGCUGGGAAACAGUAUACGAUUGAAUUCUUGCGUUUCUGCAAGCAGGCUACUCUCCAAUUCUGUUUCAUCAAACCAGUCAUGGCUGUGAUCACCCUGUUCUUGGUUGGUAUGGGCAAAUACGAGGACGGAAACUGGAGAGCGGAUCAAGGUUAUCUCUACAUCACCCUCGUGUACAACGUUUCGAUUUCUCUUGCCCUCUACGGACUGUUUCUUUUCUACACAGCGACCAAAGAGCUUUUGAGUCCCUACAGCCCGGUGUUGAAGUUCUUAACGGUCAAAAGCGUGAUCUUCUUGUCAUUUUGGCAAGGUUUGCUCAUUGCUAUCUUGGGAGCCACAUCUGCCAUUGAUCCAGUUGUGGAUUCCAAUGGAAAUGUCGUUAUCAACAAAGGGACCGUUGCUGCGGGAUAUCAAAACUUCUUGAUUUGCAUCGAGAUGUUCUUCGCGGCAAUCGCUCUUAAAUUCGCAUUCGGUGUUUCCGCUUAUGCAGACGCACAUUCAGUCAGCCAUUCGAAUGAUGGGCGUCCGGUCACGCUGCAGUCUAUCAGUUCAUCUUUGAAGGAGACUAUGAAUCCAAAAGAUAUCAUGCAGGAUGCUAUACAUAACUUCCAUCCUCAAUAUCAACAGUACACCCAGCAUUCCAACCCGCAGCGCUCGGGUCAGUCAAGCAGCAGCAAGAUGCCGGACGUCAACGAGUCGAACAACGCUGGUCCAGAGGAGACGACCACGUUCCAGUCAGACGCCCAACGAACGACUAUGGAUCAGUGGCCCUCCAUGCCGCAUCAGCGAUCCGGCUACAAUCCACUGCUUUGAAUGAUCAACCCCUACUUGACCUCUAGUCUUUGCAAUCAAUUUUUGGCAGCGGGGGCGAGUACUAGCCAAGACGAGCAGCGAUUAGCGAGUAGUUCUGGCGGAGCCAACUAUUCAAGCAUGGCCCAUACUGGUGCUCACGGCGUCUCAACACCUACGACACCAGGUGUACCUACUGGCAAUUUACUUGAUGCAUAGUCGUCAUCUUGUUUGGUGUUGGGUCGUUACUGAAUGUUCUCAUUUCAACAUCGUAGAUAUCAUCAUCAUGUCUUGACGAGCUGGGUUUGAGAAGUUCUAUCGUGUUGUCUUCUUUUCGUGUACCUGUGACGUUCUUCAUGUUGUUGCUUUCAUUUUUACUUUGUGAGCCAUAUUUCAGGAUUAAACUCUUUUUCAUCAGCGAUCUGUUCGUGUUUGUCUGCUGUGGUGAAUGCAGCUU